UAUUUCCACGCCCUCUAGCAGGCAGGGCUUCUUAGCCAACUGCUUGUCUUUCUCUGCCUCAGAAACUCCAAUUCAUUUGGGAUUGAUAAUGCAGGCACUUCAACGCAUCAUGAAGGUGUUCGUGACCCGACGUAUUCCACCUGAAGGACUUGCAGUAAUAAAGCAGUCCGGCGUCACCCUUGAACUUUGGGACUCAGAUGAACCAGUACCACGAGCUGAACUGCUGAAAGGCAUUUCUGGCGCUUAUGGAGUAGUCUGUCUUCUAAGUGACAAAAUAGAUGCAGAAGUCCUAGAUGCAGCAGGGCCGAAUCUCAAAGUCAUCAGCACAAUGUCUGUGGGUUAUGAUCAUCUAUCAGUGGAAGAAAUUAAAAAACGUGGAAUAAGAGUAGGAUAUACACCAGAUGUACUGACAGAUGCCACAGCUGAACUUACCGUUUCCUUGCUCUUGGCCACGUCUCGUAGACUGAUAGAAGCAGCUGCAGAAGUUAAAAAUGGUGGUUGGAGCUCCUGGAAACCACUCUGGAUGUGUGGUUAUCAGUUAUCACAAAGCACUGUAGGAAUCAUCGGACUUGGAAGAAUAGGUUUAGCUAUUGCACAUCGCUUGAAGCCAUUUGGUGUGAAAAAGUUUUUAUACACAGGACGCCAGCCCCGAGCUUCCGCUGCCUCUGAGAUAGAAGCUGAGUUUGUCUCUCUCAGCAAAUUGGCAGAAGAAUCUGACUUUAUUGUUGUUUCAUGUGCCUUGACAAGUGAAACUCUAGGAAUGUGUAACAAAGACUUUUUCAGUAAAAUGAAGAAAACUGCAAUAUUCAUCAACAUAAGCAGGGGAGUUGUGGUGAACCAGGAUGAUCUUUAUCAGGCUUUAGCCACUGGUCAGAUUGCAGCUGCUGGGCUAGAUGUUACAACUCCUGAACCGCUACCUACUAGCCAUCCUCUGCUUACACUCAAAAACUGUGUCAUUCUACCUCACAUAGGAAGUGCCACGUAUUCUACAAGGAACACAAUGUCAGUGUUGACUGCAAACAAUCUGCUUGCUGGACUGAGAGGGGAGCCGAUGCCAUCUGAACUCCAGCUGUGACCAAACAUCUGUAUGGUUAGGUAGUGGUUAGCACCAUACGAAGACUACAAUUUCAGAAACUAAUUUAAAAUGCAGAAAUGUAAUCACAGUUAAUAAAUUGACAGCUGGUGAGACACAUUAAUAAAAUUGACUGACAACACUGUUAAGUGUA